UGUGGACAUGCAUUGACGCCAUGUUCGGUGUGGCAUUCUCCUACUCUGACUGGUUGCUUCCUCUGAAGUCAGUCUGACAUCUGAGUGCUUCUGCUGCCAAGUUGUCCAUCGGGGUACGUUUGCAGGUGCUUUAAGAGAGCUUUCGUCAAUGCUAGUCAGUAACACACUUACUUUUUUUUGUAUAUCUUGUUCAAAUGCUUCUAUCUGAAGUAGGCAAUUAAAAAACCAGUCGAAUAUUACUUUAUAAUUAUUAACAGUUAAACAUUUAUCACUGUGAAAAAUAUUUUCUUUAGGAUUAUAUAGAUUACAACUGUGGAAUUUUAUAAAAAUAUGCUGGCUGCCCAGUUGUAUUUUGUAGUGCAUGGUGUCUUCUGGCUCCAGUAAGAUGUUAGAGCCGUCCAGUAGAGGAGACGGUUGUGUGUCUGAGCCGCGAUCAGAGGCGGCGGUGGAGACGGAUCGCUUUGGCUUUCUUCUGGCCAAUGGAUCCGCAUCUGGGAGCGGCCCGCCCCCUGAGCUGGUCCGGCAGAGAGAGGCCAAGUGGAUCCACAUCAUCAGCCAAUGGGAUCACGUCUUGCAAAAGAAAAACAGCAAAGUCAAAGAGCAGUGCCUGAAGGGCAUCCCAGCCUCCCUGAGGGCCAAGGCCUGGCCCCUGCUGUGUGGGGCCACGCAGCUCAUGAAGGACAACACAAGCCUCUACCAGUCUCUUGAUUCCAGGCCGGCUCUGCAGAGCUGGGUGGACAUCAUAGAGCGGGACCUGGACAGACAGUUCCCCUUCCACGAGAUGUUUGUCUCAAAGGACGGCCACGGGCAGCGUGGGCUGUUCCGGGUGCUGAUGGCCUACACUCAGUACCAGCCCGACGAAGGCUACUGCCAGGCCCAAGGGCCCGUGGCAGCAGUGCUCCUGAUGAACAUGCCUGCGGAGGAGGCCUUUUGGUGCCUGGUGCAGAUCAGUGAGCAGUACCUGCCCGGGUACUACAGCCAGCUGCUGGAGGGGGUCCUGUUUGACGCGGCCAUGCUGAGCUGGGUCCUGAAGAGGGCGUGUCCACCCGCCCACAGACACCUGCAGCGCUACGGCGUGGAGCCGCUCAUGUUCGCCACUGAUUGGCUGAUGUGUCUGUUCACCCGCCACCUCCCUUUCAACACACUGCUGCGCGUCUGGGACCUCUUCUUCUGCUAUGGCGUGCGGGUUCUGUUCCAGGUGGCCGUGGUGCUGGUCCGCAGGGUGCUUGGGCGGGCCGACCAGCGGCAGGAGUGCUUAGGGCAGAUGGAGACUCUGGAGCGGCUGAGGGGCGUCAGGGAGAGCCUGGGGCUGGAGGACGACGCCAGCUUUAUGGCCGAGGUGUGCUCUGUUCCGCUCUCCAGGAGCGACCUGAAGCGACGCACCGAGAAGGAGCUGGAGACCUGGCGGAAAGACCGGCCCUCGUCCACCUUCAACCCCAGAGGCCGUUGCCAUGGCUACUGGGCGUCGAGGGAGACGUUGGGAGAGGAGCGGGACAGGAGGGGCGUCAAUCUGUCCGCUCCACUGGUCCGCUCGGCCUCCGCCCUCUCCCUGUCCCCCUCGCUCUUUCGCAAGCGAUGGGGGAAGCGAAGCGACGCAGCAAGGGUGGAGAGACAUCACUCCAUGGGCGUGCAGGGGGUGGGGAGGGAGGGUUGGCCGAACGCCAGGGCACUGAGGGUGACCAGGGUCCGAGAGGAGGAAGACGGGCAUAAAGCAACUGGCAACCUGCAGAGUCGCAGGGAUACAGAAUCAACGCCCCCGACCGGGAGGAGGAGACCUCCCCAAAGGGAGAAAGAACCAGGGGAGAACCAUGAUUCUGAAAGGAACACUCUCAAAGGAGAACCAGGAGAACAGGUGGGGAUCGGACACAGGAGCAGGGAGGAGCAGGGAGAACAAAGUCCAGGAGGCUCAGGGACGGUGCAGGAAGUGAUUCAACAUCAUCCUGACUUAAGAGAGGGAGCUGCUGGGGGCGGAGCCACACAACGAUCAGCUGUUAACCUUCAACCAAGAACACUGAAGGACAACAACCAAACACAAGUACCAGUGGAACAGGAUCUGACGGACAACAACCAAUCACAAGUACCAGAGGAGCAGGAUCUGAAGGACAACAACCAAUCACAAGUACCAGAGGAACAGGAUCUGACGGACAACAACCAAUCACAAGUACCAGAGGAGCAGGAUCUGAAGGACAACAACCAAUCACAAGUACCAGAGGAACAGGAGCUGAGAGACAAUAACCAAUCACAAGUACCAGAGGAACAAGAGCUGACUGACAAUAACCAAUCACAAGUACCAGAGGAACAAGAGCUGAGAGACAAUAACCAAUCUCAAGUACCAGAGGAACAUGAGCUGAGAGACAAUAACAAAUCACAAGUACCAGAGGAACAAGAGCUGAGAGACAUCAAUCAAUCACAAGUACCAGAGGAACAGGAGCUGAGAGACAACAAUCAAUCACAAGUACCAGAGGAACAGAAGCUGAGAGACAACAAAUCAGAAGUUCAGGAGGAGCAAAAGUGCAACAUCAAGCCAAAUCCGAAAGAGGAAGUAUCUCAAAAGAAGCAGAGAGUGAAAACCCUUUAUGAGAUGGCAGAACAGGCAGCACUCUGUAGAAACCUGGUGGCGGGCCAGGAACAGAGGAGUGAGACAACUACCGAUACAAAUACAGACACAGAGUCACAGGCAGCAGUAGAUAACACUGAACAACAGUCAGAGGCGACACCAGGACAGGAGACAGUGACGCAUACGGACAUAGGAACUACAGAGUGGGAGUCUGUGGCACACAAAAGUACAAUAGAGUCCCCCGCAGAACAGGGCCCAGCGGUGAUGAUACAGGAAGUCAAAGAUGCAGCGGAGGGACGGACUGAAACGGAAGCGCCGACCGCCAACCUCAGUAGCACGCAGAAACAAACCAACGUGGGCUCAGACAAUGAGGAUGUUGACGGUGGAAAAAUUGUUAUUUUCAAAAGUGAAGCUUUGAAAGAGAACAAGUCUUUUCAAGAGGUUGGAGUACUGAUACACAAAGGUGUUCCGCAGAGUGGAGAGACGAGAGAAGGGGACUGCACCAUGACAGCGAUACUCCUGGAGACCACGGUGGUCCCUGAGGCGAGUGGAAGCACACGGGGUACGGCCGAGGCCUCAUGUUCAGAGAGCGCCUCCGCACAGGAAGACGCUUUAUGUUUCGGAAAUAAACUUCAGGACAAACCAGUUUUGGAAACAAAUGCAGAGACUGAGGAAGACAACGACAUGACAACAUGCGACCAAACAGCUUUACUAGAAGUCCAGGUCAGCCCUAGAUCACCGACUGGUGACAGAAUGUGUUAUCCACCAACAGGGGCUGCAGAACCACUCGCCACUGAAGAACCUGCUGUUCAGGCAUCUGCCAAUGAUAAAGAACCAGUAGACUCAUCGGAGGUCACCUUGACCCCCGACCCCUCCACCCAGCAGCCCUCUGGGGGCAGUGAAGACCGGGGAGCCCGGCAACGGAUCCAGGAUGCUCCCCUUUCCAUGGGGGCGGGGCCUCCAGUCAGUUUGUGCAUCCCUGUAAGCGCGCCCCUGUCAAGCCAAACCCCAACACCUUCUGGGGACUUCCGUGUGCGUAAGACCUCCCACGGCUCAAGGUUGGCACGCAGACUCUCUGAGGACAUCUUCACCGCUCUGGAGACGUCCCGGUUCAGACCCGAUCCAGACCCACAAAAAGGACCUCCAGCUCCAAGCCGGCCAGGCCUACGGUCCCCUCCGCCUGUAGCCCUUUCUGCUCUCCCUCCACCACAGGGACCCACAGGUGGGGGGACCUCCGAGGAGCCCCCCAGACGCCCAGGGUUCUUCAGCCGACUGAGAGGAGGGCGUCCCAACCGCCACAAAGACACAAAGGCCGAGAGGGCGAACACUCAAAAAAUACAGAUCCCCAAAAUCUUCCUCCAGGACUUCAGCAGCGGGGUUGGGGAGGAGCGACCCCUGCAGGAGCCAGAGGAGCAGCAGGAGCUGCUGAGCUCCAGGGGCCGCCGGAGGAGGCGCAGAGAGAGGGAGCUGAAGGAGAGAGAGGAGGAGAAGGAGAGGAGGAGAGUGGAGAAAGAGCUAAAGAAGGAAGGGAGGAAGAGGGACAGGAAAGCAGAGUGGCCCAGGGGGAAGAAGCUAACCCCGACCUCCCCGGGCAGCCUCUCAGGGGCUCAGCAUAGCUGCUCGUCUCCACACAGCGACUCAUACUUCUGAGGAACCCUCCCCUGCCCCGCGCCAUAGAAAUAAUAGACAUUAUUUUUUUUGUAUCCAGCGCCAAACAAUGUCUGUUUUAUUUUUGUGUGCUGUACUCUGACCAACACUUAGCCCAGUGCUGUAAUCUAACAUCAAUUGUCUCUAGUCAAAGUUAUUUUAGUAAUGUACAAAAAUUUAAAAUUUAACAGCAUCAGUACAGUUCAAUAAAUCUUUUUGGAAUUCUUUACAUGCAGACGAGUUUCAAUGUUUAAAUAAGUCUAGGUAAUAAAAUAACCAACAAACAGCAAACUUAUUUGUCAUUAAGUGUGAGAAUAAAUGAAGAGCAAGUGUUGAAGGUAUCCAUGUCCGUUCCCAUAGAAACGACCGAAGGCCACGAUGUGAACCAUCCCCCUCUGGAUUCAGCCUCACGGGCGACCCCUGACGCCCGAGGCCCUCAGGGGCCCUGCCUUUAGCUGUCCUCACUGUCGAUGGCCUCAGGUCAUUCCCACAGUCGCUGGCCUCAGUGGUGGGCCUGGUCUGACCUCAGGGGCGGGCCUCAGAGGCGGGCUGAAGGCGGGCCCCUCACUGGCCCUGCCUCUAUCCGUCGUCCUCACUGUCGCUGGCCAGCACCUUCUGGCUGCUUGGGGUGUGGCCGCCCAGCGGAGAGCCAGGGGGGUACACCGACCCGAAGAACAGAGACCGGAACUGGAGAGGAAAAACACAGAAGUUUAGUAUGGUAUUGUAGAAAAAGAUUGAAUAAAUCCCAUCCAUUUAUUCCUAUAAUCAU